GGAGAUUAUAUUUAACUAGGUCUAAUACUCACCAUCUUAACCGGGUUGUUGUGGCUUGAGGCUUAUGAUUUCCGGUGUGCAUGGUUAAUUUCCCCCGGUCAGACAGUUGAGUUAAAUACAGACUCCACAGCAUACUCACGUUUGUUGACAUCUGGCGAAGCGAUGGGGAAUGAGAGCCAAGCCGUCACAGCUGGCAUCAACAAUUCAGUCCCGCAAGCAAUUCUAGACAUUGCACCUCGCCAGCUUCUUCCAUAUGCCCUCGCGAUUCUAAUAGCAUAUCCAUUACUGGUCUCCUUGCUCCGCUUUCGCCGGGUACAAUGGCUACACCAAAAGUACAAGUACCCCAACCGGGCAUCCCUUGCUAAAAUGACCGACGACGAGGCCUGGGAAAUCCAGAAAGUGCUUUUGCAGCUGGAAUUUCCAUUUAUCUAUAUUAAAGCUCUCCAAUUUGCUCUCUUCAGGACCUACGGAAUCCCCACCAUCUCCGGGCUGCUCACCAAGACUAGCCAAUUCUCUAAUCCGGAGACAUCUUACAAGCGUUACGCAGACACAAGCGCCUUGGUUCAGGAAUUUAUGGGCAACGCCCCAUCUUCUAAACGUACUAUCACUGCGAUCGCUCGAACCCGCUGGCUCCACAAUGGCUAUCGCACCUCGGGAAAAAUAUCCGAGGAUGAUAUGCUCUACACGCUUAGCUUGUUUGCCCUCGUACCCAUGCGGUUCAUCGAAAAGUUUGAGUGGCGAAAUCUGACCGACCUCGAGAAGUGUGCUAUCGGCACAUUCUGGAAGAGCGUCGGUGAUGGUCUCGCAAUCGGUUACGAGGCCUUUCCGUCGCAUAAGACGGGAUUCCGCGAUGGCCUCCAGUGGCUAGAGGAGAUGACCGCCUGGAGUGAAGCGUACGAAGCUAAACACAUGGUUCCCCAUGCCACGAACCGGGAGACCGCGGAUCAGACUACGGCCGUGCUACUGUACAUGGUCCCGAAGCCGUUCCAGCAGAUCGGACUGCACUUCGUUUCAUUCAUGAUGGAUGACCGCCUACGACGCGCGAUGUUGUAUGACCCUCCCCCGGCAUCAUAUGCUAAACUGUUCUCGUCGCUCCUGUCCGUUCGCCGCUUUGUGUUGCGUUACCUGUCGCUCCCCCGACCUUAUUUCCUCCGUUUCACUGCCUUCACCGAGCAACCGGACCAGAAUGAUCGCAUUUUCAUCACCCAGUGGGAUGCGGCGCCCUAUUACGUCGCGCCUACUUUCCGGAACCGCUGGGGCCCUGUCGCUUGGCUUACCUGGGCUAUGGGUCGGCCUCUUCCAGGCGACGAAGGUGAUAAGUAUUACCCCCGGGGCUACUAUACACCUGAUGUAGGACCCAAGUACUUCGAAGGCAAGGGUCGAACAUCCCUGGAGGAGUACGCCCAGGGCUUGAAAGGUACACGAACCGGUCAAUGUCCCUUUUUUUAAGUAUGGGCAUGGACAAGAUGCGCUACUAUUACGAGAAAAACCGUUCUAUGUCGUGUUAUUUGCAAAGCUAGAUAUACUCUAGUAUGAUAUGGCGGGGCUAGUGAGAGAAAGGGGAUAAUUUCAUCUUACGAGAAAAUCUACGCUAAAUUCAUUGUCGUGCAUUUUGAGCGAUAUGACUAAAGGUACUUAACGGGCUUACUUUACUAUAUUCCAAAAGCACUUUAAGAUUCCAUAAUAUCGAGAUAUAGGAUCCUUAAUUGUCAUAUUUUCAAGCCAAAAGAACUGUUGAGUCGCGCAUUGACCCUUAAG